AUGCCUGUGACCACAGAGCUCGAGGCCGCCGUCAAUCGCGGGUUUGAUCCCCAGAGGGGACUUUCAACGGAUCCCAUCGUCGUCAUGGAUCCCAUGAGGGCCCUUCUGGAGGAUUACAGCAAGAUCCCACCAGAGGGAGUAACCGAAGCCGUGAAGGAAGUGGCUAAGACCUAUCAUGGUGCCCGUUCUGAAACCCUUUACGGGAUUGACCUUCGUCCCGAGUUUAUAGAUCUCGGUUACGAUCUCUUCAGAGACCGCAACACACUCAAAUCCCAUUUUAUCAUCGCUGACAUCCUCGCCGAUAAGCCCCUGGCAAUCUCCCAGCUCUCCGGUUCCAUCAACAUCGUCCACGCCUCCUUUCUAUUCCACCUGUUUAACUGGGAUCAGCAGGUGUUCAUCGCCAAACGGGCCCUGGCUUUGCUUUGUGCGCGCCCGGACUCGUUGAUCAUCGGGCAGAAUAUUGGUCAUCAUGAUCCAAAAAAGUUUUCCGCCGUCGGAGCAAUACUACCCUUUCAUCAUAACGCGUCCAGCUGGACAGCGCUUUGGGAUCACGUCCGGGAGGUGACCGGUGUAGCUUUCAGCAUGCAGGUGUGGAAGAGAUUUGACCACCCGAGUUUGCCUGCCGUUCGCAGCACAGAGUUGCAUGUUCUCUCAUUUGUUGUGCGAUUACAGUAA